AGUGAGCAAUGUGAUAUCGUCCUGAUCAGACGCCAAACUCGCCAUAAUAGUGCCAGUUUACGCGCGGCUGAGCAUGGCACCUGACAGAUCACAGCCGCACAUGAAGAGUGCAGUUUAAGUUGGUAAAAUAACAUCGGUUGGAAAUCGUCAUGUCUACAAAUGAGGAACAUCAGAACGCGGAUGAAAAUAGCAGCGAAAAUGAGAAAGCCAAACCGGAAGCGGACCAAGCAGUCAACAAAAGGACUUACAAUAACAGCGACAAAAAUCAUAAACUGAACAAAGACAAUAACGCAACCAGAGUGGUGGUUGUCGCCCUUACCCCUGAAAGAACAAGAGAAACAUGGAACAAAAAAGUUGAAUUUCUAUUAGCCGUUAUCGGAUUUGCUGUUGACUUGGGGAACGUAUGGAGAUUUCCUUAUAUCUGUUAUCAAAAUGGUGGAGGUGCGUUUUUAAUACCUUAUACAAUUAUGUUAAUAUUCGGCGGACUUCCGUUGUUUUACAUGGAAUUGGCACUAGGACAAUUUUAUCGAAGUGGAUGCCUUACUAUUUGGAAAAGAAUAUGUCCAGCAUUAAAAGGAAUAGGGUAUGCCAUUUGUCUAAUAGACAUUUAUAUGGGAAUGUAUUACAAUACCAUAAUAGGCUGGGCAGUGUACUAUUUAGUGGCAUCGUUUCAAUCAGAACUUCCAUGGACGCGUUGCAAUAACAGUUGGAACACACCUGAUUGUAGACCGGUUAAAUUUAUUGGCGCCCAACAUAAUUUAACAAGUCCCGCCAGGGAAUUCUUUGAAAGGGAAGUCUUAGAGCAAUACAAAUCUAACGGUUUAGACCGUAUGGGUCCAAUAAAACCCGCCUUGGCCAUGUGCGUUUUUGCGGUAUUUGUACUGGUCUAUUUUUCUUUAUGGAAAGGCGUUCGAAGUGCCGGAAAGGCUGUCUGGAUAACGGCCCUGGCUCCGUAUUUCGUUCUUAUAAUAUUGUUGGUCAGAGGGGUGACCCUUCCAGGAGCUGCUAACGGAAUCCGCUACUAUCUUACCCCCGAAUGGUAUAAAUUGUACAACAGCAGAGUUUGGAUCGAUGCCGCGUCUCAAAUAUUCUUUUCGCUCGGUCCAGGUUUCGGCACCUUACUAGCCCUGUCCAGUUACAAUAAAUUUAACAACAAUUGCUACCGAGACGCCAUUAUAACAAGCGUGAUCAAUUGUCUUACGAGUUUCUUGGCUGGUUUUGUAAUAUUCUCCGUUCUUGGGUACAUGGCUUACAUGCAGAACAAAAGUAUCGAAAUGGUCGGCUUGGAAGGACCUGGUCUUGUGUUUAUUGUAUAUCCGGAAGCAAUAGCAACCAUGAAAGGUUCUGUUUUUUGGUCGAUAAUUUUCUUUUUAAUGCUCAUCACUUUGGGGCUUGACAGCACGUUCGGAGGAUUGGAGGCAAUGAUAACGGCACUGUGUGACGAAUAUCCAAAGCUUUUGGGACGUCAUAGAGAAAUUUUUGUUGCUGUUCUACUAUUUGGAAUAUAUAUAUGUGCCUUGCCAACGACAACCUACGGUGGUGUUUUUUUGGUUAAUAUGUUAAACGUUUACGGACCCGGCUUGGCGAUACUUUUCGUGGUGUUUUUCGAAGCCGCCGGUGUUUGUUGGAUAUACGGGACGGAAAAUUUUGCAAGGGAUAUCGAAAAAAUGUUGGGCCAUAAGCCUGGCAUCUUCUGGACCACUUGUUGGAAGUACAUAAGUCCAGUAUUUUUAUUGACAAUUUUUAUUUUUUCGUUAAUGGGCCACGCAGAAAUGUUAGGCAACGAGUACAAAUAUCCCGACUGGUCUUUCAACGUGGGCUAUUGUCUAACAGCUUCAUCUAUCGUUUGUAUACCUUUGUAUAUAGUUUAUAAAUUUCUAAUGACACCAGGAACAAUAAAACAGCGAUGGAAAAUGAUGUGGAUGCCCGAGCAUUCUUCUGACAGCAACACCUUAACUUACUACGGAGGUUCCGAAGUGUGACCGUUUUACCAAUCGAAACUCUUCCACAGUAACACAACGGAAUGGCUUGUUUAAUUAAUUAAUUUUAAUAUACAUACCUACUUAACAUGUUAUAGGUAUUAGGCAUUAAUGCAAACAUAAGGUUUUCUUGACGUUGCAUGUAAAUACCGUAACUCAUAUAAAAAUUGAAGGUGUGUUGUGGUGUAACGAAAAAGAACAUUUUACAGCACCUUAAAUUUCGUAUUCUUUUGUAAUGUACAUAUUAUAUUACAUAUUUAAUUGUGGGACAGAUUUCAGCCAUGAUCUGCUCCAUAUGUAGAUACCUAUCUAUAAAUUUAAAAAGUCUGCGUACGAAAUUUAUACAUAUGUACCUAUAUUAUACUUACAUAUAGUUAUUACUUAUAUGUAAGUACUUAUACAGUUGUAAAUUCAGCCGUUAUACAAUUGUAUGAAAUUUAAAAAAAAAAUAACAAAAAUGGUAAAAUUACAGCCACUUUACCAUUUUUCAGAUGUUAUAAUAUACCUAUGUACGCUGAGUAUAAUGUCGAAGACAGCCAUUUUGACAUCAUAUUUCAACAUAAAAUAAUGUGA